AUGGAUAAGUCAUUGACGCAUGGUGCAGCCGUAGAGGCCAGUGGGAGAAGAUUCCUAGCUCGCGACAUAACCUUUGAGAACACGGCUGGCCAUGCGAAGCACCAAGUCGUCGCAGUCCAGGUAGGUGCCGACUUCACCGUCUUCUACCAGUGCGCCUUCCUCCCUCACCAGUUGUCCUCUAGGUCCACCGCAACCGUCAGUUCUUCAUCAACCGCCUCCUUGCCGGCACCGUUUACUUCAUCUUUGGCAACUCCGCUGCCCUAUUCCAAGACUGCGAGAAGAACAUGGUCAUCGCACAGGGACGGGUUGACCCAGAACCAGAAAACCGGCAUCGUGAUCCAGAAGUGCCGUAUCGGAGCAAUGAAGAACCUGGAGUGGUACUGCCUAGCAGCCAAAUAUGAAAGUGGAGGGAACACUUGA